AUGGCUGCCCCCUUGGUUGAUUUGGGUCUCGUCUCCAAGAUACUGUUUAUAUGUUUAAUAACUUUUAACGCAAGUAGCGCAGAGGAAACUGUGCACAAGAAACCAAAUAUUGUAAUAAUUUUUGCUGACGACCUCGGAUAUGGAGAUUUGCCGAGUUAUGGUCACCCGACCUCUUACAGUCCAAACAUUGAUCAACUGGUUGCGAAUGGACUUGUGUUUACACAAUUUUACUCUGCUAAUUCUGUGUGCAGCCCAUCUAGGGCCUCUUUACUUACCGCUAGACUACCUCCACGUACUGGUAUAUGGCCAGGAGUGUUCAGUGCGUCAUCAACAGGUGGACUUCCACUCAAUGAAACUACCAUUGCCGCUGUAUUGAAACCACUAGGAUAUAGUACGGCCAUUAUUGGUAAAUGGCAUCUUGGUGUGGGCCAGAAUCAGAAAUAUUUACCUACAAACUAUGGCUUUGAUAGCUAUGUCGGUGUGCCAUACUCUCAUGACAUGUGUCCAUGUCUGAAAUGUUUCUACCCGUCAGAUCCAUGCUUUGAUCAAUGUCGAAUGUAUGACGCAUCCUGCCCACUUUUUCAUAACAACACAAUAGUGCAACAACCUGUUGAUCUGACCACCUUAACAGAGGUCUACAGUACUGAAGCAAAGAACUUUAUAUCAGGGAAUGCAAAAAGUGGAACGCCGUUUUUUCUCUAUCUACCUUUCCAGCACACUCAUCAUCCACAGUUUGCUGGGAAGUAUUUCAGAAAUAGCACACUGAGGGGAACAUUCGGUGAUUCAUUGGCGGAAUUAGACUGGGCUGUGGGACAAAUUAUUCAGGAGUUACGACUGCAAAAAGUGGAAGAUAAUACUUUUGUGUUUUUUACUUCUGACAAUGGACCAAGUUUAACAAGAGAGGUCCGUGGUGGUAAUGCUGGUCUGUUAAAAUGCGGUAAAGGUACCACGUAUGAAGGUGGACAGCGAGUACCGGGCAUAGCAUACUGGCCAGGUAUGAUUAAACCUGGUAGAUCUAUGGAACUAGCAAGUACUUUAGACUUACUACCAACCAUAGUUAAACUGACCAAUGGUACACUACCUAGAGUCGCCAUAGAUGGUGUUGACAUUGGAUCAGUUCUGUUUAAGAGUGAAAAGAGCCCAAGAAAGACGUUUUUCUACUAUUUCAGUGAGGCAUUCCCACAAUAUGGUGUAUAUGCUGUACGCUACAAGCAAUACAAAGCACAUUACUACACCCAAGGUUCUGGAUUAUCAGGGGAAGAAAAUCCUGAUUUAGACUGCCGACCGACAGCAAAACGAACUCUCCAUAACCCACCGCUUUUGUAUGAUUUACACCACGAUCCAUCAGAGAUUUACAACCUGAAUUCUGAUCCUCAAUAUUCAACUAUCUUGACAAUAAUCACUGACAUUAAGAAGAGAUUUGAAUCAACUGUCGUGUGGUCUGAGAGCGAAGUUCAAAAAAAAAAGUGA